AGAACAUAUCUAAGAGGAAAGGCGUACUAGUGGCACCUUAGAGACUAACAAAUUUAUUUGAGCAUAAGCUUUCGUGAGCUACAGCUCACUUCAUCGGAUGCAUUUACUAACAAUAAAUUUGUUAGUCUCUAAGGUGCCACAAGUACUCCUUUUCUUUUUGCAGAUACAGACUAACACGGCUGCUAUUCUGAAACCUAUCUAAGAGGGUUUCAGAUGGGAUCACACGUGUGGCAGCUAGACACUGCUAUUUUUAGCAUGCUGGCUCGCUCAGAACUAGCAUGAGUAUGUCUACCAGAGUUGGAAAUCCCACCUCCAGUUCCAGCAUAGACAUACCCUAAGUGGCCCAAUUAAUGGGAAUCUCAGUGCAGAGGCCGGGAACAUGGUGGGUCUUGGACCUUUGCCAGAGUUCCAGACCAAAGAGGACGUCUACUGCUUCGCCUUAACAAAGGCCCUUUACAGUGUGCCCACACCAGUGACUGUCGGGUUUUAUGCACCAUGGGGACACUGCAAAAACCUGCUCUUACAGAAAAUCCAGCAGUACAUGGUUAGCGAAUCAACAAAGAAAGACCAGCAGGAAUUUCGGCGGAACGGGAAAAAGCAGCGUGGAAGCUCUGGCUGGGAUCUGCUCAAGCUCCUGUUUCUCAUGAUCUUCUACCGGCCAGUCCUGACAGAGCAGCAGAAGCAGAGAAAGAACGUCCAGCAUGUCUUCAUCCAUUUCAGUGCCUGGGAGUAUGCGGGCAGCGACCAUCUGUGGGCAGGCCUCAUCACCACACUGUGUGAUGGCAUUGAAAGCCACUUUGGUCUCCUACCUGUGAGCAUUUACAGGGCCGUAGGCAGGAAAUGUGGCAUCAUCGAGAGACCAGGGGAUCAGGAAUGGGUUAGCAAGAAGUACCUCUGCCUCCCCCUGUGGGCUGCUGUGAUCCUUGUGACCGUGGUAGCUAUUGGGGUGGGCGUUCUCCUUCUAAUGGUUGGGAUCCCCAUUGGGGAUGCCUCGGGAGAUGCAAUAGCUGUCGUGGAGGGCAUCGGGGUGACGGCUGUUGGUGUCUCUGCGGCCGCUGCCAUUCGGGUCGCCAUCAUGGUGGUACGAAACGUCAUCAUAACCCAGAAGACCCAGCUGGAGAGACAGAUGAAUCGGACGGAUCUCAGCGCUCAGCUGGGCUUCAUGAGCGGUGUGAAAAGCGAAGUGAGGACAGUCACCAGGUUCCUUCACUUCAUGGAAAUUUUCCAGCGGCGGAAGCUGCAGGUGGUGCUAGAGAUCACCCACUUGGACAGGUGCAGUCCUGACAAGGUGGUCGGCGUCCUGGAUGCCAUGAACAUCCUCCUCUCGGAUUACAAUGCCCCAUUCAUCUCCAUCCUGGCUGUCGACCCGAGCAUCAUUGUCGACUGCGUGGAAAGCUCCUUGUACAUGAAGGGUAUGGCCAACAAUGGCUACGAGUUCUUAAACCGCAUUGUCACCCUGCCCUUCUCUGUUCCUCGGAUGGACUGUGACACCAAGAUGAGGCUGAUCAGGGACAUCACCGAGCGCCGGAAGUGGCAAGAGAGAGACCUAGAGGAGGAGGUAGGCUUCCAGCAGGAUCCCAAGAUGGAAGCUAACUCCAAAUUUCUCUCAGUCCCUUGCUACGAUUCUGCCAACCAUGAAGCAGAGAAUCCAGGUGCAGAUGACAGACAGAUACCUCUCAUUGUCAGAGACCUCAGAACCCAGGAACCAGGAACCGGCGGCUAUGAGAAGGGCAUCAGAGCCAAAGACCUCAUUCAAGAAGCAUUUGACUACCUCCUGGAUGACUCCUUGAAGGAAUACAUGACAGACAACGUGGUGCAAAUGCGGCGGAUCGUGAACACCAUCACCAUCACCAUCAGGAUCAUGGCAAAUAACGUCCCCAAGGACAAGGUGUGUCCAAAGAAGGUGGUGGACUGGGUGCUCCUUGCCAACCAGUGGCCAUGCCGUCUGAGCUGGGUCUUGCAGUGCAUCGAGGAUGAGGAGCAGAGAAGCAGCCUGGCCUGCUGCCAAGGAAGCCCACUGCCCCCUGACAUGUUCCUGUGGGAGGUCUACGAGAAGUACAUGGAGGAGCUGGACAUGCUUAAAGGCCAGAUGGAAAAGCUUCUGGAACUGGACCAGGAUCCUGAGCUCUUCCACAACUUCUUGAGCAGCAGGUUUCGGGUGGAGGAGGCCAUCUUCUACUUGCCCUACACGGUCAACUUAGACCCGUCCUUGAAAAGGCAGAUGGAGCUGCAACGUGGCAGUCACAGCCUGAAGCGGACAAAGAAGUUCAACAGGCUCACGACAUGCACCCUGCUGGGUAUGACGGUGGAUGAUGUCUGCAGAGAGAUGGAAACAGUUGGCUUUAAGGAAGAAAACGUCCCGCAGUACCAACAGAGGCUGAGGGACCAUAAUCUAAAUGGCCGUGCCCUGGUUUACAGUGACAACAAUGAAAUCAAAGAAGCCCUCAGCAUGAGCCUUGGCGAAUGGACGCUCUUUACAAUAUAUUUCCUUGGAGUUCUUCCCCAGCCAAGUUCAUCCCCUUCUGUUGCAUCCUCGGUCCCGUUAUAUGUCAGGCAGGAGGCUCAGAAGAACGUGUCUGGCUUAAGAGAGAACAUGGCUAGAGGGAGCAGGCUGUCUUUGAACAUCUCCAGGGAAGAGCUUUGGGAGAAGAGAUAAAUCUGAGUCCUGUACAAGAUUGGAAGCAAGAUCUGAACUUUCCCCAUCUUUGUACCUCUCUGCACUGUCAAUGACAUGUCACGGACAAAGCAAUAUGCUGGCUAUGGAACAAUUAGCAAUGUGAAUGGGGCACUAUAGUGUGUCCCAGGGAUUUGGGGCACAUUCAUGUCAACACAGUGGAUCUUUAGACACUGGAUGUCACAGUAGUUUUGUCUGGUUAGUACAGCAGGAGACCGGGAAUCAGAAUGUCUGGGAUCUAUUCCUAGCGCUGUCCCUGGCUUGUUGUGGUUUUGAGCAACUUGCUCCUUCUUUCUGGGUCUCCAUUGCCUCAUCUGCAAAAUGGGUUUAGGGCACGUGUUAGUGCAUGGAGCACAUGCUCUGUGACUUUCCUACCUGUACUGGAGCAUUAAGAGCAAAACUUGCCCCAUCUGCUGUGUCCCCAGCCACAGUGGAACCAGGAUGAUGGCCCCGUGAAGGUAGCACAGUCCAGGGAGCUCUCUCAUGUGCUAUCCCUUGCAGCAGGGCAUGGGGAGUGAGGCAUGGGCAGAGGCUGGGGGUAGAGGCCUGUGGAUUCAUGUUUCCACAGAUCAACUGGGCAGGAUUCCAAUCUCACACUAUUGUAAGUCAGAAGUGACAGAAGAGGGUCAUCCACCCUUCUGUCUACAAAGCACUAGGCCAAUAUUAACCAGUUAAUCCUCAUGCAUAACAUCGGAGAUGGGUCACUGUUUUUAAUCCUUUCUUUACUUAAGAGGGGCAUGGAGCAAGGACGGGUCCAGGGUUACAUAGCAAGGCAGUGCUGGAUCUGGGAAUAGAACCCACGAGUCCUGGCCCUGUAUUUUGGACUCAUGACUCUGGCCAGGAGAAGCUUUUACAGAGUCCCUUUUCUGCCUAUGAGAGCACUUCCAGGCCCCAAUCCCGCUCCCAAUGCAUAGCACAAGCAGCUAAACCUGCCCUGGAGAACUCCUCUUGGGCUGACUGGUGGGGAGAAGAAUUCUUGCUAAGAAGCCUUCGAACCAUGGUUGGGCUGCUUCUGUAGCAGAAUCAUCCACAUUACCUGUGACAUUCCCCCCCCACGCCCCCAGAAAUUGGUUCCAUGGUGGGCCUGGCUGUCUGUGCAGGAAGGUAACCAGUGAAUAUUUUUGUGUUUAAUAAAAUUAUGUUAACAAAU